UUUUGUGCAAUUUAAUUGUCGUUAGGCUUGGGUAAAUGUAUGAACCUUCAAUCCAUUAGGGAGUUGAUUUUCGUGUUUCUUCCUGUGAACUAGGAAAUACAACCUUCACAAUUUGAAGUAUCUGUUUCUGGCCAUAAGUGAACAUGGGUGACUCGUCACAUCAAGAGUUAAUUCAAAAUGGUAGCAACUUAGCCUCUAUCCAAACUGUGUCAGAAUUAAAUCAUGACGUAAAUUCCAACGGCGCAUGUGAUGAAAAGGUUCUUGGGAAUCACACGAGUAUGGAAAAUUAUAAUAGUAUUAAAGGUGGAAGUCCCAUUCCUGAUGGAUUGGAAGCAACUCAGGGAAAUGGAACCAAUGAAGUAAGUACCCCAGUUAAACGGUCGAGAGGGCGACCCAGAAAAACAGAAAGAAAGAUUGUUGGGAGUCCCAGGGUGUUACGCUCGAGAACGCAAGAGAAACCUAAAUCCCCUGAACCUGUUGAAGCUCCUUUACAGGAAACGGAGAGCAAAGAAAAGAAGAGAAGGAAGAAAGUGAAGAAGAUAAAAAAGGAUCAUAAUGAUGAAUUUUCAAAGAUAAUAAGACAUCUAAGAUACUUGAUACAUCGAAUGGUCUAUGAACAAAACUUCAUUGAAGCUUAUGCUGGCGAGGGUUGGAAAGGGCAGAGCCUAGAGAAAUUAAGACCAGAGAAGGAGCUUGAACGUGCAAAGUCAGAUAUUAAUCGUUACAAAUUGAAAAUAAGAGAUUUAUUUCAACGGAUUGACAAAUCAUGUGAGGAAGGAAGGAUUCCAGAAUCUCUAUAUGAUUCUGAAGGGCUAAUUGACAGCGAGGAUAUAUUCUGUGCAAAAUGCGGCCAGACUGAAGUCCGGUUAGACAAUGAUAUUAUUCUGUGCGAUGGUGCCUGUGAACGUGGAUUCCAUCAAUUCUGUUUGGAUCCACCUUUGUUGAAAGAACAAGUUCCUCCUGGUGAUGAAGGAUGGCUAUGCCCUGCUUGUGAUUGUAAAGUUGACUGUUUUGACAUGCUUAAUGACUCUCAGGGGACUAAUCUUUCUGUCACUGAUAGCUGGGAGAAAGUUUUCCCAGAAACUGCAACCUUUGGGAAUCGACUGGAUGAUAAUUCAGGACUUCCUUCUGAUGAUUCCGGAGAUGAUGAUUAUGAUCCUGAUGGCCCAGAGAUAGAAGAGGAGGCCGAUGCAGAGGAGGAUUCAAGCUCUGAUGAGUCUGAUUCUUCUUUCGUGUCUGAGGAUUUGGGUGCUGUAGCAAAUAAUGACCCGCUUUUAGGACUUCCUUCCGAUGAUUCAGAGGAUGAUGAUUUUAAUCCUGAUAAAGUAGAUUCAGAUAAAGGGGCCAAGGCAAUAAGUUCUAGCUCAGAUUUUACAUCCGAUUUCGAUGAUCUUGGGGACAUAAAUAAGAAUGAAGUAACAUCAGAUGAAGUUCAAGAGUCUGUAGUGCCUGCAACUGAAGAAGAAAUACCAAAGACAAAUAUGGAAGAUGAUGAUUGUGGUCCCAUAACUGCAAAAAGAUGUGUUGAAAGAUUAGACUACAAAAAGCUGCAUGAUGAAACAUAUGGAAAUGUUUCCUCAGAUACGAGUGAUGAGGACUUUAGUGAUUCUGAAGCCCCGAGGAGAUGGAAAAAUGCUAAUGGAGCAAAGGGUAUGAAAGUUAAUGAAAAAAUGGAACAAAAUGAAUCUACUCCUGUAUUGAUAACCCGUAAGAAGCUUGAUGCUGAGGGCACAAGUAGUUCUCCAGCAAUUAAGGGUUCUAGUGAUAAAAGUGGUAGCAGACCAUCAUAUAAAAGACUCGGGCAAGCUGUUACUCAGAGACUCUAUGAAUCUUUCCAGGAAAAUCAGUAUCCUGAUGUCGAUGUUAGAGAAAAUUUGGGCAAAGAAUUGAAUCUCACUCAGAAUCAGGUUAGGAAAUGGUUUGAAAAUGCUCGUUGGAGCUUUAAUCACCAUGGAAAAUACAGUAACGCAGGUAAAUUACCUGCAGAGGCCACAGAAAAUGUAAUACCAAAGGUAGUAAAUGUGUCAAGCUCUAACACAAAAUCUAGAAAGAGAAAAUCAAAUGUGGAUCAGCAUGACAAUGAGACCACUCCUAGUUUGAAGGAAGCUUCCCCAAUGGAUUCAUCAAAUCAAACUACUCGUAGAAGCGGCAGAGUUCAGGCAAAAAAACUGACGUCUGUUCCCUAACUAUAAAGCAUUUAUCAAGUUUUGAGCUUUUUGUGAAAAGUUUGACAAGACUGCACAAAAGGACAUCAUUGAUUGGUCUUGAAUGGGGGUAAUUCUUCCAUUUUCAGGUGAGUUGGAUACAGUAUCCGAUGCUUAAAAAAAAUAAAUCUCCAUAACAAGCACGGUAUUAAGCACUUUGACAUUAGAAUGGAGUACAAGUGAUCUAACGAGGGUGGAUUAUCAGACCUAACUGUCUGUUUUGAUGGUUGUAGCCAAUUUAGCUACAUUUAAGUACUUCUAGCUUAGUUUUCCUGAAGACUUUUUUGUUUUUGUGAUCACAAAGAAAAGUAGACCAUUUGCAGAGAUAUAUAUCUUUAACUGAUUAGAUUUUUUUUAUAUAUACGUUAGCAAUGUUGUAAGAACAUGUAUGAGUUGUCUGAAUUUAUAGAUGUAUUUUGCUUUAA